GGCAGCGUUUCAAAACUUGGCAGGGUCUGAUUUUGAACCGUGGAUGCUGUGCGAGUGUUCGCUCCUUGAGCGCUACGUUCUAUCUCGACAAAGCUUGUCCGGCCACACCCUGAGGAAGGACCUCUUUGCCCUUCCCUCCAUUGUUCGAAAUGUUCAACAUCCCGAGUUUACUGAGGUGGACAGGCGGGAAGCCGAGGCCUUUCUUCAGGAGGCGGUCGAGGUCCUCGGCCGACCAGCAAAGAAGCAUCGAGGUAGGCUUGGUCAGCGUCAGGCCAUUAAGGACAAGGUGAAGAGGGAUGAGUUGGCCUUUGACUCGUGGAUGAUGCGGCUUGAGGAGGCUUUUCGGGUGGCCGACAAGCCUGUCCAACUUCACAGGAGGGCAAUUUCUACCCUCUGGGUUCCAGUGACUCGUCACAUCUUCCACCAGUGCAGUGCACUUGUUGGCUUUGCCAACACCUCCCGGCUCACCGCCUCGGACGUCAACUUACCCGCACUCAGGAAGAUGAGGGGACGCUUGGGUCGGUUCCUCCGCCUGCGCAUGCAGGCCCAUGUUAUUUCUGAUGUGCUCCUAAUCAAAAUAAGGGGAAGCCGGUCGACCCCAAGUACCAGUGACAAGAGCAGAUUUUUUAAUGAAGAGCAGGUUUUUUUUACCGGGUGAGACUCCCGGACUGCCCUUGCAGAAUGCAGGGCGCCUACACCGCGUCGUCAAUUUUUUGGCGGCUGGAAGUAAUUCAAACUUCAAACAGAAAGUCAUGCGACCGGACUUGUUUCUGCAGAGACAUCUUGACAUCCUGUACGAUACCAUGGUGUUAUCCUCUGGACUCACCUUCUUCCACAAAAAUACGGACCAGUGCAUUACUUGUCUCAU